AUGCAUCAUCUCGGUGUUCGGAUUGUACUUUCUCAGCUUCGUUCAGAAUAUUGGAUAUUAAGAGCAAGGAAAGCCAUUAAAAAGGUCAUAAAGACUUGCCUUCCAUGUGAAGUACUGAAACAAAAGAGAAGUGAGCAGAUAGAAGCUCCAUUACCAGCUGAGCAAAUUCAAAAGUCAUCUCCUUUCGAAACUACCGUAAUUGAUUUUGCUGGACCGCUCUACGUAAAAAAUAAUAACUCCGUUACAAAAGCUUACAUUGUCAUCUUCACAUGUGCUACAACUCGAGCUAUCCACUUAGAAUUAAUUUCCGAUCUGCGUACUGACGUCUUCCUACUUGCAUUGCAACGUUUUUUCUCUAGACGUUCACUUCCUCAUACAGUGUACACUGAUAAUGCCCCAACGUUCUGCGCUGCCGACAAAGAGCUGAAAUUAUUGUGGGAUACUAUAUUCUCUGCCAAGGCACAGCAGUUUUAUGCCCACCACAACAUCAAAUGGAAAUUCAUCGCCCCCCGAGCGGUUUGGUGGGGAGGAUGGUGGGAAAGAAUGGUAGGCUCAAUUAAGCGAUGCCUUCGGAAAACAUUAGGUAAGGCUCUUUUGGAUGACGCUGGUUUGAUCACUGUAUUAUGUGAUAUUGAAGCGCUCUUAACAGUAGACCGAUUGUCUACGAAUACGGAAUAA